GAUUCGCUGUGUUCUCAGAAGCCUGUUCUCCCACAAUUCAACAGGCAACAAAGAAAGGAAGGGUUUCGACUGGAAGUAGCUAUAUUACAAGAAAGAACAGUCUUGCUUCUGUCACUAAAGGAAACGAGAAGAAGCUAACAUGUAGACCAGACAUCAGAACACUCUUUGAAUGGUUGGCUGCUUUUAAUCUCCAGAAUAAAACACAGCAAAGUGAUCCUCCAAGAGAUGUUUUUGACAGCUAAAGCUAGCUAGCUAGCAAAUAGGCUAAGCUUGCUAGCUAGCUAGCUGUAAAGCUAGAUGCUAGCUAGCUAAUCAGUCAGUCCUGGUUGUUGUCGUCUUGUUUUAUUGGAAAAUUCAAAUCAAUUUUCGGAAAACCAGACAUGCAGAUGUUCAACUAAGAGGGAUGCCAGCAAACGUGUAUGCAUGACCAGCUGUGUGGAGCCUGAUGGGAGGACAUUGUGGAUAGCACCUUCAUCAGGAGACCAGGAGUGUCAUCACAUCCCAUGCCCCCACCUCGGCGGACCAUUCAGAAUGAAGAAAAUCAGCCUUAAGACCAUCCGCAAGUCCCUCAACAUCAACAAGGGCAAAGAGGAGGGUGACUUUGUCAUGCUACAGCAGCCUUCGCUGGCCCCUGAUUUCUCGAAAGAGGACUCUUUGUUUGGGGGCUGCUAUACCAAAGACCUCUCGGGCUGCGACCUAGGUGUUGACGAGGACAAGACGGGUCCCAAGGGCCGCUCUAAGAGUGAGAGCCUGAUGGGCUCUCUGAAGAGGAGGCUGUCGGCUAAGCAGAAGGCCAAGGUCAAGGGCGGCUCGUCGGCCAUGGGCUCAGCAGACGACGACGAUACCUUUUCCUCCUCCUCGGUUCCCAUCAGCUUCAAUGACGUCAAAGCCCAGCGGCCCCUGAGGUCUGCGUCUCUCCGUAGCCAUCAUUACAGCCCUUCGCCAUGGCCUCUUAGGCCGGUAAAUUCGGAUGAAGCCUGCAUCAAGAUGGAGGUAAAGGUUAAAGCCAUGGUGCACUCUCCAAGCCCUAGUCCCAACCUCAAUGGGGUCAGGAAGGAAUUUCACGACUUCCAAAUGGAGGGGAUUUUCCAGGACCAGGCAGAAUCCCUGAAAACCAUGCAGCAGCCGCAGAACGGCGACAUGCACCUGAAUAUUGACGAACACGUGCCUGUGGUCCUAGGCCUCACACCCCAGGACUACAUACAGUAUACAAUGCCUUUAGAUGAGGGAAUGUACCCUGAGGGGUCCCACUCCUUCUGCCUGGAUAGCUCCUCUCCCAUGGAGGUGGUGGCAGAGGCAGACAGUGACUCGCUGCACACAGACCAGGUUCAGGUAGACCACGACCUGGUGAACCUGCCCCCAGACAUUUUCAUGGAGCAGUCAGUGAACGGGCUGCUCCUAGGUUCCGCUGAAGUGACGCUUCGAAACUCCAGGGUGGAGCCCCCGCCCCCUCUGUCCCCUCUCUUACCUCCGCUGCCUAGCAACGAAAUUCCAAGGACUUUCUCCGGGUUUGGCUCGGCUGACAGUCAGGUGGCAGAGAGGAUGAGACGCCACCUGAACUUCGACCCUAACUCCGCCCCUGGGGUCAGCCGGGUGUACGACUCGGUGCAAAGCAGCGGCCCCAUGGUGGUGACGAGCCUGACUGAGGAGCUGAAGAAGCUGGCCAGACAGGGCUGGUACUGGGGCCCCAUAACUCGCUGGGAAGCGGAGGAAAAGCUGAUCAACUUGCCCGAUGGCUCUUUUCUGGUAAGGGACAGCUCGGACGACCGCUAUCUCCUCAGCCUAAGCUUCCGGUCCCAGGUCAAGACUCUCCACACACGGAUAGAACACUCGAACGGCCGGUUCAGCUUCUACGAGCAGCCGGAUGUUGAGGGCCACACGUCCAUUGUGGACCUGAUAGAACACUCUAUCAAGGACUCGGAGAGCGGAGCGUUCUGCUACUCCAGAUCCCGCUUACCAGGAUCGGCCACCUACCCUGUCAGACUGACCAAUCCUGUGUCGAGGUUUAUGCAAGUGCGCUCUUUGCAGUAUCUGUGUCGGUUUGUGAUUAGACAGUACACCCGGAUAGACCUAAUUCAGAAACUGCCUUUACCCAACAAAAUGAAAGAUUACCUGCAGGAGAAGCACUACUGAGGACGUGAGAUAGGAUAAUGGUAGCAACUUGCACUUUUGGGUUCAAUUAAGAGAUUUAACAAGGUUUACAGACAUCCAUACUUUUGCGAUGAUUGGUUCCAUUGGCUCUUUGUGUCCAGCAAUGACUGUUUCAGUGUCCAGUAUGUGUGUAUAGCCUACCCUUCACAAAUGCAUAGAACCCAUGUAUGAAUCUGUUAGAGGGCUAAGGGUUAAGGCUAGGCUAGGCUAUACAGAUUUAAGGUAAAUUCUUCCAUCAAAUAGGACUGUACUGGAGAUGGGUAGUUCUUCCCAGUAACUGCAAAGGACGAUGGAAGAAUGGCAGGUUGUGUCGGUGAGGAUUAUUGAUAGUUUGCUUUCUGUAUAAAAUUCACUACACAUGACAUUAGACAUCUGAAAAUGCUGCAGUGAAGAAAUGUUACAUUUGGGAUUGUAAUUUUCUUAAUUCAUGAUUCAUUUUGAAGUUCUUCCAACUAUUCAAAAUUCAUUGUGACAUAUUUUAAAAGUGGCCUAAUAAUAAAAAAUAAAAAAUAGUAGGUUGAAGGUGUUUACCAGUAAGUUACUACUUAGGCUAACUAAGUUUUAGGCCUAACGUUGAUCUAAAUAGUUUUAAGCAACUUGGUCGACUUUGCAAGUAGGUAAACAAGCAGUGUGUAGCCAUGUCUGUUUCAAGUAAUAAAGGUACUAUUAGAAUAUGCUGGUUUCUAUGUUGCUGCACACGCAAGUCUAGUGUGCCAGUAUGAUGGCCUUUUAAAUGCAACUAUAAGUAACAAAUAAUCAUAACCUUACGAUUAAAAGUGUAUCAUGCUUAUCGUCAUUGUCCCUGAUGGAACAAUACUACCCCACAUACUCAGUUUCUCUAUAUGAGUUUGUAUAUUGGAGCAAAGGGAAGAGCACAUAGUAUGUGACACAAGUGCUUUAUAUGUAUACUUCGACAGGGAAUCAUGUUUUCACGCAAGUCAGAGCAUCUUUUGUCAUUGGUGUCCUAGAAAGUAUUUUGAAAUUGAUUUCAGAGUACUUUGGUAUGUUGGUAGAUUGUGCAUAUAGUCUAGGCUUAGUUAGCGAGAUGUGAAGGUGCCAGAUACCACAGCGUCCAGGCAGCAAGUUAGGAACAGUUAGGAACAUUUGAAUGGUGUUGCAUGUAUAAAAAAAACCUAAAAAAAAACCUAAAAGACUUGUUAACAGUUUAUUUCUUUGAAAUGUAUAGAAAUGAAGGAUCUAGAUUGUAUGUAGGGGUGUAGAGGGAUUUUGUUCUUGGUUUUGAUGAUCAUGAGCUGAACAUUGUGUGGAAGUUUUCUUUUUUGUUUUCAUCUUGGUAACAUCUGCCAUUUGGAGGACCAGACAGAGGCCUUGUUUAGAGGUUACAUCAGUGUUUAUGAUUGGAUUGUGUCUUACUUUGCCUGUAAUUCAUUAGUUUACAGGAGGCAUGUACAUCCACUACAUUAAUGAUAUUAGUGAUGGUAGCCAUCAUGUAUUUAAAAAAUUGAAACAUUACUAGUAACUUUAUUCUCUUAUUGUGCCUGGCAACGGUCUUUAUCCUCUUUCAAUCUAUUGAAAAGUUUCACAUAUCAGCCUAAUGUCUACACACAAUAACCCAUAUUCAAAGUUUAACCAAUAUUCUGAAAUAUUUUCUAAUUUAUUGAAAAUGAAAUGCAGUCAUCAUUUGCCUCAGUAUUCACACCCCUGGUUACAUGUGCAAUAAAGUAGUUGUGUUUUAUACUUUU